CUACCCUUAAUUACUUCUCAUGUAUCGCGUAGCCUUUUUGCUGUCAAAUGCCAUUGGAGUGCAAAUAGUUUGGUCCUUGCUAGGGCUGAUGUCACUGAACCGAGUGCAUUUAGGAUAUGCAUCUCUCUAUUCACUUCAUUUGGAAACAGAUAGAUAUAUAUGUGUGUGUAAAGAAAAGAAUGGAUGAAAGGCAUUUUUCUGCUAAAUAAUUUGGGUGUCUCUUUUCUCUGUUUUAGUCAAAUACAUGAGAGUAGUUUAUUAAUUAGUUGAGCUGGAGUUGCCAAACUUGGCUGUAUAUCUGAGCAGCCUGGAUGGAAAGCCUUUGCAACUGAUAUUGUCCUCAAGCAGCUGAUCAUCAGAGCAUUUCCUUCCCAUACCCAAACCAGCAAAAUGACCACAUCCAGCAGGCAGAGCUCUUCUACGUCUAUGGUCAACAACUUGGCCAAAAUACUCAAUCCAAACACUUUGCGAAACCAAGGGCCAGAUAAUGGAAUGGAACCUCCUCAAAUUCUGCAUGUUGAGAGAAGUGAUGUCAGAACAUCUGAAAGUUUCAACAUCAUGGAUGUGAAGUUUGCCUCCCUUGAAGAGAAAAUUGAUAAACUGUUGACUCUGCAAGACAAUGUCCUUAAGAAGCUUAACAGUGUUUCCCAAGAAAUCUGUUGCAUUGAAAAAGACAUGGAGAUGGUAAAGGUGGAAACAUCUGAACCUGGAUCAAGGAUGGAAAGAAAUAAAAAAAUGAGAAAUAAUGAAAUGAAGAGACUUUGCCUUAAAAUGAAAAAAUCUCUUUCUGAUAUAAACAGGAAAGCAGAGCAGCAGGUUAAAAGGCUAGAUGGACUUGAACAAAGUGUUUCUGGACUACAGAAACUUGUAGGACCUCUGGUAGAGAAGGUGAAAACAUUAAUAAUUCAUAAUUCAAGUGUAAAACAUCAUGUUAAAAAACGUAGAGUUUGCAAGGCAGGAGCUGGACAUCCCUUUAGGAUGCAUGUUUUCUCGGAGACAACAGCUGGUGAUCUGCUCAAGAAGAAAAAUGAAAAGGUCAUCAAAGAAAAGUCACAUUUCAAUGAAACAGAAACAAAAGAAAAGAAGCCACCCGAUUCGACAGAUGGGGACAUCCAGCAGGGUCAGUCCUGCUCUCAGGAAGAAGUUGAUAAGCUCAACAAGGAAAAUGCCAAGAGGGAAAGUUCUGUUCUGCUUGAAGUGGAUCCUCCCAGAUUUCAUACUGAAGAGUCAGAGGAGAAAAAAGAAAGUUUGUCUUUAGAAAGUCAUUAUGAAUAUAGGAGAAACUCUUUUCAGGAAUCCUUCGCUCCACAAAAGCAGCAGGAAGAAGAUGCUGUUGAUGAUGCUUGUCAAAAACUAACUGUGCAGGAGAUAGAGAGUGAGUCCCCAGCAGAUGAGGAGGAGAAGAAGGAACAUCAGGUGCCUGAAGAUGCACUUGAGAAACAACAAGAGGAGAAAGAGAAUGAAGGGGAAGAAAAUGCUGAUAAGAGUGAAAAAGGUGCUGAGGAACCACCAGCUCCUUCCCAAAAGGAAGAUGAGGCAGAACAAAGUGAUGAUGAAGAGGUACCAGAGGGAAGGUGUAAAAGCUGCGAAAAAGAUGAUAUUCCUACUCCACCAGCACCAUUUGAUCACCGGAUUGUCUCAGCCAAAAGGGUGGGGAUCAGCAAUUAUUACAAUGUCAAUGAGGAUGAAAUUCUGGGAGGAGGGCGAUUUGGGCAAGUGCACAAAUGUGAAGAGAAAGCAACAGGUCUCAAGCUGGCAGCCAAAAUUAUAAAAGCACAAGGUCCAAAGCAGAAGGAUGAAGUAAAAAAUGAAAUUAAUGUCAUGAACCAGCUGAAUCAUGUGAACCUCAUCCAGCUAUAUGAUGCCUUUGAAUCUAAAAAUGACAUUGUACUUGUCAUGGAAUAUGUGGAAGGAGGAGAGCUAUUUGACCGAAUUAUUGACGAAAACUACAAUUUGACAGAGAUGGAUACUAUCUCGUUCAUAAAGCAGAUCUGCAAGGGAAUUCAGUACAUGCACCAAAUGUACAUUCUUCAUUUGGAUCUCAAGCCUGAGAAUAUCCUGUGCGUGAACCGAGAGGCAAAUCAAAUAAAAAUUAUUGAUUUUGGAUUGGCAAGAAGAUAUAAACCCAGGGAAAAACUUCGAGUUAACUUUGGGACUCCAGAAUUUCUUGCUCCUGAAGUUGUGAAUUAUGAGUUUGUCUCUUUUCCUACAGACAUGUGGAGUUUAGGAGUCAUUGCUUAUAUGCUCCUCACUGGAUUGUCUCCUUUCUUGGGUGAUGAUGACAAUGAGACCCUCAACAAUAUCCUGGCCUGUAACUGGGAUUUUGAAGAUGAAGAAUUUCGAGAUGUUUCUGAUGAGGCCAAAGAUUUCAUAUCAAAGCUUCUCAUCAAGGAGAAAUGCUGGAGAUUAAGUGCAACUGCUGCCUUAAAACACCCAUGGUUAACAGACCACAAGCUCCACUGCAGACUUCAGAAAAAGGCUAAAGGUGACUGUGUGUCUCAAGCACCCCUGGCUCAAUAACCUCUCUGAAGGAGCUGCCAAACAGAAGAAAAGCUGCUGUGUGGUUACUGCUGCUAAGAGAUUUGAAAAUAUCAGCAGUCUCGGUGCUUUACCCCCCUGCCAUGACUGAGACUUCUACUAAAUGGACCAACAGCACUUUAGUUGCAGGACAAGUCCCAGCAUUGUGGAGCUGCUUCUUCUCAAUUCAGCUUUUAAAAGAAGCGAAGUAUUUCUCUGGGUUGCAGGAACAUGUUUCUUCUGGAGCAGCAUGUUCUCCAUGCCUGCAAGUGCUACAUUAGCUUGGUUUCAUAAUGAACUUUUCUCUAUCUAGUCUUAUAUCCUCAUUUACUUAACAAAGGCUCCUUAAUGUUUAUAUUAUCAUGUAAAAUUAAGUGUUUCUCAUCUAAACCCAGAAGGCAAUCUGUCACUAUAUCUGUUGCCAAGGUUCAUUUGACACUGGAGUCAAAUAAUUAAAAAAAAAUGAAAAAACAAAGAAUUGCAACAAAUUUAAAGCUGCCUUCUGUAGAAAAUUGGAAGUUCUUUUUCCUGUCACACUAAAGUGAGUUAAGGAUUAGCUCAACCAGAGUUAAAGCCAUGUUAAUGUAACACCACUGGAAGGGAGAAAUGAGGCUUUCCUUGUGUAUAGGUGAAUUUGCUGCAACUGUGAUAUGGUACAUUUCAGGAUUUUUUAGCCUGAUGAAUUACUGCUUGCUGUAAAUACACUUGGAUUAAUUAAACAAGAAAGAGAAUAA